GCUGCAGAUUGCGCAAAAAACAUGGCGGUCAACGAAGCGUGUUCCCAGAUGCGUUAUUUUUGUAUAGCAAUUACCUUACUUUUGGUAUCGAUAUCUGUUCAUAUAGAUGCACAUUCUCCGAUUGAUCCAAGUAUUGUGAGGAAGCCAAACUGGCAAGAUCGUCUUAUUACUUGGUGGAUGUCAGUGAGAGUGUCCAUAGGAACUCUGAUCCUCGGGGGAUUAGGUUUGACUUGGUUGAUAAUCAAGAUCACAGGCAAAGAAAAACACAGGGAUGAAUAUUUACGUUGGAAAGCCAGGCAGGAGAAGGAAAAUAAAAAAGUUUUGAAAUCUCCAACUGAUAAGACAGAAACUACAGUGUCAAAGGAUUUGAAAAUAUUCUUUGGAACCCAAACUGGAAAGGCUCAGAAUCUUGCAGAGUUAAUACAGUCUGAAGCACAAGAAAGUGGGUUGAGAGCUGAACUUGUGGAUUUAAAGAAUUAUGAACCAGAGGACAAUCUUUCUGAAGAGACAGCAACUUGUGUAUUUAUUGUUAGCACCUAUGUGGAUGGAAAGCCUCCAGAAAGUGUUCAAUGGUUUUACAAAUGGCUAGAGGAGGCUGCCAAUGAUUUUCGUGUGCAGAAAUCCCUCCUGCAAGGGUUAAACUAUGCCGUGUUUGGCCUUGGUAAUUCACUCUAUGAAGACAAGUUUAACUUGGUUGGGAAAAGAGUUGAUAAAUGGCUGGAGUUGCUUUGUGCAAGACGUGUCUUUCCUUUUGGAAUGGGAGAUGAAAAUGUAGCCAACAGCAAACAUGGAGGCACAGAGGAGGAUUUCAAAUUCUGGAGAACAGAUUUCUUGUCCUUCAUAAAAGGUGCAAGUGGAAAAUCAAAGGGAAAUGUAUGUCAGCGUUCCAGAGGAUCAAACUCUCAAGUUGAUGAAACCUGUUGUCAGAGUGAUGAAGGUCCUCAGGAAAAUGAGGGUCAAGAUGAUGAGGUUCUGUAUGAAAGCACAAGCGAGGAGUCUGCAGGUGAAGGUGAAGAAGAGAGCAAUUCUGGCCUGGUAGAUUUAGAAGACCUGGGUCCUAUGAUGGAUAAAAUGAAAAAAGAUAAGGAAGAAAAAGGAGUCACAAGCGUGAAAAGCUCAAAGAGAGUUGUAGGUAGCAAGAAAAAGGUUAAGACAGAACCCAAAGAGAUGAUAACACCCGCACUGGAGAAAGCCCUGACAAAACAAGGUUACCGUCUGAUCGGUUCUCACUCCGGAGUCAAACUAUGCAGAUGGACAAAGUCAAUGUUAAGAGGUCGUGGUGGUUGCUACAAACAUACCUUUUAUGGUAUAGAGAGUCAUCGUUGUAUGGAAACAACACCAAGCUUAGCUUGUGCUAAUAAGUGCGUGUUUUGUUGGAGGCAUCAUACAAAUCCUGUUGGAACAGAAUGGAAGUGGAAGAUGGACGAUCCUGACACGAUUGUGAAUGGCGCCAUGGAGAAUCACCGCAACAUGAUCAAACAGUUCAGAGGUGUUCCUGGUGUAAAACCUGAGAGAUUCGAAGAAGGAAUGAAGAUAAGACAUUGUGCUCUUUCUCUUGUUGGUGAACCUAUCAUGUAUCCAAGAAUAAACGAACUCGUCAGGAUUCUGCACGGACAUGAUAUCUCAUCUUUUCUCGUGACGAACGCACAGUUUCCUGACGCUAUAAGGAACCUCAUUCCAGUAACUCAGUUGUAUGUCAGUGUGGAUGCCAGCACUAAAGAAAGCCUCAAGAAAAUCGACCGACCCUUGUUUAGAGAUUUCUGGCCUCGGUUUUUGGACAGCCUUAAGGCUCUGUCAGAAAAGGGUCAGAGAACUGUGUACCGUCUCACGCUGGUUAAAUCCUGGAACAAUGAAGAAAUCAAAAACUAUGCCGACUUGGUAUCUAUUGGCAAACCAGACUUCAUUGAAGUUAAGGGUGUAACCUAUUGUGGGGAAUCUAAAGCAUCCACCCUAACGAUGCAGAAUGUACCAUGGCAUGAAGAGGUCAUUGGGUUUGUUCAGAAGCUAACAGAUUUACUACCUGACUAUGAGAUCGCCUGUGAACAUGAACAUUCCAACUGUCUUCUUAUUUGCCACAAGAAGUUUAAGAAAGAAGAUGGAUGGUACACAUGGAUUGAUUACCCCACUUUCCACCGUCUGAUGCAGCGUUAUGAAGAGAGCAACGGAACCGAAAACUUUACAGCACUGGACUACAUGGCUAAGACACCUGAAUGGGCCUUGAUGGGCCAUGAACAGAGAGGGUUCGAUCCAGAGGAAACUCGGUGGCAUCGCAAGAAGAAGAAGGACAUUAGUGGCUGUUAAACAUUUCCGAUUGACGAAUUUGUGUGUACUUACCUUUGCUGUUGGGUUAGUCCGCUCUAUGCGGUCCGAAAGAGUGACGUAUUUCAAGUAUGAAGUGGAGGAGAGGUUUCGAUUUCAUUUUUGGAGUGCGUGACUUUUUGGGAACAUGAUGGCAACAUUUUCGAGGAGCAAACUGGAGGAUUACAUUAAUGUAGCUUAUAACUGGACAUUUAAGCCCAAGAAAACCAUUUGAAGAAACGUUUUAUCGUAAGUCUUCAGCACCUUUAGCUAGUUGGCAAGCAGGGCCUCAUUUAGCACCAUUAGACUCGCGUUUUCCUGCACCUGGAAAGAUUUGAGACGUGUCGGGGGGAGGUUUUCUAAGUAUCUGGCUCUAAUGGCUAGUGUCAGACCCCUGACACCCUUAUACUUUCCCGCGGGCGGAAGAAACGCUCGUGCCAGAGCGCUUAUAAUAAGGAUUAGCUCGUAAGCUAAACCUUU